CUGCGGCAGCGCGGCGUCAGGGGGUGAGCCCCUGGAAGGCACCGAGGCAGGUCCUGGAUGGUAUCUGUUCUUCCAAGGAGUCCAACAGGGAACUACACACUGACCCCAGCUACAAGGGCUGGACUCCACGUGGCCACACACCCCUGAUUCCAUCCCAACUGCAGGCAUCAAAAUGGCAGCCCAGCACACAAACACUAGCUUUGCACCUGACCUGAAUCCACCCCAGGACCAUGUCUCCUUGUUCCCUUCAAACUUCAGUUAUGGUGAUUAUGACCUCCCCUUGGAUGAGGAUGAGGAUGUGACCAAGACACAGACCUUCUUUGCGGCCAGAAUCGUCAUUGGCGUGGCCCUGGCAGGCAUCAUGCUCGUCUGCGGCAUUGGCAACUUCAUCUUCAUCGCUGCCCUCGCCCGCUACAGGAAGCUGCGCAACCUCACCAACCUCCUCAUAGCUAACCUGGCCAUCUCUGACUUCCUGGUGGCGAUUGUCUGCUGCCCGUUUGAGAUGGACUAUUACGUGGUACGUCAGCUUUCCUGGGAGCAUGGUCACGUGCUGUGCGCCUCGGUCAACUACCUUCGUACAGUCUCCCUCUACGUCUCCACCAAUGCUCUGCUGGCCAUCGCUAUUGACAGAUACCUCGCCAUUGUCCACCCCUUGAGACCGCGGAUGAAUUAUCAGACCGCCUCCUCCCUGAUCGCUCUGGUCUGGAUGGUCUCCCUCCUCAUCGCCAUCCCAUCCGCCUACUUCACCACGGAAACCAUCCUCGUCACCGUCAAGACUCAGGAGAAGAUCUUCUGCGGCCAGAUCUGGCCGGUGGACCAGCAGCUCUACUACAAAUCCUACUUCCUCUUCGUCUUCGGCCUCGAGUUUGUGGGCCCCGUGGUCACCAUGACCCUGUGCUACGCCAGGAUCUCCCAGGAGCUCUGGUUCAAGGCCGUGCCUGGCUUCCAGACGGAGCAGAUACGCAAGCGGCUGCGCUGCCGCCGCAAGACAGUGCUGUUGCUCAUGGGCGUCCUCACGGCCUACGUGCUGUGCUGGGCACCUUUCUAUGGCUUCACCGUCGUGAGAGACUUCUUCCCCACCGUGUUUGUGAAGGAGAAGCAUUACCUCACCGCCUUCUAUGUCGUUGAGUGCAUCGCCAUGAGCAACAGCGUCAUCAACACCGUGUGCUUCGUGACAGUCAAGAACAACACCGUCAAGUACUUCAAGAAGAUGCUGCUGCUGCACUGGCGGCCCUCUCUCCACGGGAGCAAGUCCAGCACCGACCUCGACCUCAGGACCAGCGGGCCUGCCACCGAAGAGGUGGACUGUAUCAGGCUGAAGUAGCCUGCCCGUGUAAAUUAUUCAGUGCAUCACACCCCACCAACCACUCGUGAGCUGCCUGGGAAGAGACCGCUGUGUUUGUUCUCUCCCGCCCUAAUGUAUCCGGAUGCUUCUAUGCCAUAACACACAGCACCGCCGAUAUCUGUGGAACAUCUUAACAGACUAGACACAAAUGCAGCAAGCGGUGUGGCCUGAAUGCCUUCUGUCCGCAAACCACACCAACAGAUUAUUCAAGGACCCCAGCUGACAUUUGCGGAUUACCUGCUUUGUGCAGAAACAGUUGCCAGAAAAACGGUAGAAGCUAUUUGGCGUUAUUAAGCUCUAUCUAUCUAUCUACCUGCCUAUCUGUCUGUCUGUCUAUCCAUCCAUUCCAUCCAUCUAGGUCACUAGAAAGAGAUCACAAAUGAUUAGUCAGAAUCGUGCCCUGUAUUCUUCCAUUCUGUAUCUGAUGAGCACAGAACUGUCAAGGCAAUAGAAUAAAGCCAUUGGACACAGUAGAAAUGUAAGGACGACUCCAUCAAUGUGGAGCCUGCGGCUUCAUAGGAAGACAGUCCAUACAGCAUCCUGACUGUCCCCAC